AUGCGAUCCGAUCUGUGGAUUGCCCCCGGGAACGCCGUUGUGGUAACGCGCCCCGCGCUGCUUGUGGAAGUCGGGUUUGUUGACGGCCCUGACCGGCCCCGCGAGGCACUACUCGUGCUCCAGGACUGCUCGAUACUCGGAGCUGUGCUAGUAGUAUUCUAUUGCCAAGAAGGCGCGAGGGCGCAUAUCAUGGAGGAGAACGACCCUGAGAGCUGUGGCGCGGAGCUACGAGCAACCCAUCUUGCGAUGAUCGCCCAUUGGCGUAUGGGAGAGGCGUCAUCAGGCCGACCCAUCCAACCUCCCCAGCUCACGCCGAACCUGGGCGUGAAUCCUCCGCAGGUAGCUCACGAUCCACCCCUCUUGAAGGACAUCUAUCGUGCAAGGCUGUGGCAGAAAGAGAUUGACGACAGUCACACCUAUAGGAAAUCGCCCUUUGCUUCUGAAGAAGAUGUAGCCAAGGUCCUCGUUUAUCAACACAAGCUCCUCAAUGCUUAUGUAGCAGCUGAACCAGGUAGGCUGUCUGCACCACGCACGCACAUAUAUUCCAACUUACGCCGAGACGUUCCCGUGCCGGGAAACUCAGCAGACUCGCUCCUUAGGAUAGAACGACUCUUGACCGAGAUCAGAGACGACGUGGCGGGGCUCAAAACCGACAUCGCAGGCCUCAAGGGUACUGUCGCAGGGCUCAAAACCGAGGUGGCCGUUGUCAAGCUCACCGCAUCGGAACUUCAAGAGCAGCUCGACAGCAGCUUUGCAGAGAUCCAAGACGAAAACACGACUCUCAAGGCGGAAAACUGGGCCCGAACGGACAAUCUCGAGCGCUCGAUCUUUGCAUUGAGCGAGACUAUCAAGCUCGGGCGUUCCUGA